AAUAUAUAGUUAACUAUGUUUUCAGUUAUCAAAAACUUGAAAAAUAAUUUUAAACUACUUAAUAGGUUAAACUGCACCACGGAAGUAUCACCACCGGUUUCGGUUAAAUUCGGCGUAAGAAUGUUUAAAUCAGCUGUUUAUAACUUGGAAGAGGCUUCCCCAGACAAAAUACAAGAUUUCUUAAACUCUUUUGACACAGUACUCACAGACUGUGAUGGAGUUUUGUGGAUUAAUAAUAACUCUAUACCUGGUUCGGCUGACGCAAUAAACUAUUUUAGAAAAUUAGGUAAAAAAAUAUUCUAUGUCACAAAUAACUCAACAAAGAUUCGUAGCGACUUUGCUGUUAAAGCUCAACAGAUGGGAUUCAUAGCUGAGCCUGAAGAAAUUCUUUCAACUGCAUACCUAGUAGCUCAUUACCUAAAAGGUAUUGGGUUCACAAAGAAGGUAUACCUUAUUGGUUCCAAUGGUAUUGGAGAUGAAUUGAAAGCUGUUGGCAUCAGGCAUAUUGGCAUUGGACCGGAUCCUGUGAAACCAGACUUCAAAUCAAUGACCACAUCUGACUUGGACCCAGAAGUAGGGGCUGUGGUUGUUGGUUUUGAUGAGCAUGUUAGUUACCCAAAGUUCAUGAAGGCUGCUUCCUAUCUUGCCAAAGAGGAAUGCCUCUUCAUAGCAACAAAUACAGACGAGAGGUUUCCAAAGUCCAGUUCCAUUAUUAUUCCAGGAACGGGCACAUUAGUGAGAGCCGUUGAGACUUGCUCAGAACGGAAAGCCCUAGUGCUCGGAAAACCUAAUGACUAUGUCAGGAAAUUCCUUGAAUCUUUUGGUCUUAAUCCUGCUAGGACUUUGAUGAUUGGUGACAGAUGUAACACAGACAUCGAAUUUGGGGUCCGUUGUGGCUUCCAAACUCUGCUGGUUCUGACCGGAGUUACGUCUGUCAAAGACUUGGAGAGAAUUCGCACUGAGCGAAAGCAACCGCUACCCGAUGUGGUCUUGCCGAAACUCGGCGAUAUAAUCAAGCUUACCGCUUCCUAGUACAAUUUUUAUCUCAUCUCUAAAUGCGUAAUUGGAUGCUUUAGAUGUAAUAUAAUCAGUAGACUAGUUGUUGAGAAUUUAAUUGUGGUAAAUAAUUCCAAUGUGUUAAAAAAUUAUAAUUGGUUAGAAGCUAUGUAAUAACUAGGAACAUAAUUUGGAUAAUAGUUGAACAGUUGUCGGCCUUGGUAAUGUUUAAGAUAAAAAGUAGUCAAUUGAUAGAGAAAUGUGAUAUCUUGCUAAUACUGAACAUAAUUAAAUUAUGUUCACAACGCCUCUCUGCACCCCAGUUAUAAGCCUUUAUUCAUACUAACACUCUAAACGUGGUGUUAAACAUUACUAAAAGAGUGUUUGUGAGAAUGAUUGGAAAUUUUACAAUAGCAGUACAAUAAGUAUUUGUUGCAAUAGUAUUAGAUAUGUUUUAUAUUUUUGCAUUUACGUCAAUGUUUUGUAGGUGUGAAAUUAUCAUGUUAAAUAGUGAAAUUGUGAUAUAACGUUUCUAUCUAAGAUUUAUUUUUUUAUUCUUAAUAUAACAUGUUAAGCUAU